UUUCUGCAGGCAAUUAAUUAUACUGACAUUCUCCUAGACUAUAUGAAGGAUACUUAAGUUUUGAAAAAGUUUUGAAAAACAAGGUGAAGCUGAACCUGAAUUUAUAAGAUGUUUUCCUCGUUGAUAUUUGUGCUUGUGUUAAUAAAUUGUACUGAAUUCAAAAUGGCAACUGUUUUACCGUUCUCAAACAGAGAAAUGUCUGCAGCUUUCUCCAGAGCUAACAAAAGAUUCAUGCUAAGUCUACUGAAGCAGUUGCCAUCAGAAUCCAACAUCUUCUGCUCGCCUUUCAGUAUAUCAACAGCCCUAGCAAUGGUUCACAUGGGGGCAGAAACAGACACCCUGAAAGAAAUGAGUCAAGCACUUCAUUUUGAGGAAAUGGACAAAGAUGUCCAUGCAGUGUUUGGUUCUUAUCUUGAUUUCUUGUCUAAGGAAACUGGUGAUUGCACACUUAAAACUGCAAAUAGAAUCUAUCAAAGCAUGAGAUUCAAACCGGAGGAAUCUUUCCUACAAAACUGCAACAAACAUUUUAAAGCUUCAGUAGAGUCGGUGAAUUUUUCCCAGUCUGCAGCAACAAGCAAGAAAAUCAAUUCCUGGGUUAAUCAGCAAACGGAAAAUAAAAUUCAAGAUCUGAUCCCAGCAAGUGCACUGAAUGAACUUACAUUCAUGGUUCUUGUAAAUGCCAUCUACUUCAAAGGAAAUUGGAAUAGUAAAUUUGAAAGCAAAUACACAGAAAUAAUGGAAUUCCGGAACACCAAGGAGAAAUUCUUGACAGACAUGAUGUAUCAGAUGGACUCUUUCAAAUUUUGCCACAUGCCAGACUUAAUGCUAAAUGCCCUUGAGCUGCCAUACCAAGGAAAAACCCUCAGCAUGCUAAUUCUUUUACCCACAGCUGUAGAUGGUAUUGAGAGUCUGGAGAAGAAUUUAACCGAGUCUGUCCUCAAAACUGUAGUCAGCAACUUGAGGAAGCAGAAGGUGGAAGUAUAUCUUCCAAAAUUCAAAAUGGAGUCCACCUUCGAGUUGAAGUCUUAUUUGUCGGCCUUGGGUAUGCCCUUAGCAUUUGACGAGAUUAAGGCUGAUUUUUCAGGCAUGGACAAAGGUAAAAAUGUUUAUAUUAGUGAAAUUUUCCAUAAAGCAUUUGUGGAAGUCAACGAAGAAGGGACCGAAGCUGCCGCAGCCAUGGGUAUCUAUGUCUCUACCUCUUCCGUGCAGAUUACUCCAGAGUUUCGGGCAAAUCACCCUUUCUUGUUCUUUAUCCGAGAUUCUGUUAAUGACGUCAUUUUAUUUGCUGGAAGAUUUUAUAAACCAGAUGGCAGCUCUGUGAAAGACGAACUUUAGUUCAGAAUUAUGUAAAUUACAAAUUGUUCAUUGAUAAUUAUCAGAAUAUCUGUUUUUCAAUGUAAAUACUAAUAUUAUGAUGCACCGUAUGUUUAAU